AUGUCUUCGUCGUCCAAAAAAGUCGUUGAAUCGUUUCCAGAUGUUGAAGCCAAGCUUCAAAAGGCCCACAAGCAAUCCGCAUUCGACAAGGAAAGAGCCGACCGAGAAGCAAAGCGGAAGCGUGAGGCAGCCGAGACGGCCGCAGUAUAUGAAAGCUUCGUGAAGAGCUUCGACAACGAGGACGAUGACGAUGACGAGAUCAGUGCAAUCGCCCGCGGCGGACAGGGUGCACCCUUCAACAACAGAUCACAGGGGCCCGGCAGAGGAGGCUUCGCACCCGUACCCGGCCCUGGAAAGAGACACUUUGGAACAGGUUUAAAGAGUGGCCCGGGGAGCCUGGGUCCAGGCCCUCCAACAGGUUAUGGCAGGAAUAGGGGUUUCGACGAAAGCUAUCGACGCGAUGAUGCCAGCAGAGGACGACUAGGCCGGUACGAAGACGACAGAGAAUAUGACCCAACAUCGAGAGGAAUCUCGAAGGCCUUCAAUACCAGCGACGAUGAAGCCGAAGGUAGGACGGCAGACAGGGCAGAAGACAGAGCCGUCGCGAAGCCAACGCUGAGACUUGCCAACCUGCCACCGAGGAUAUCGCCUGCGGUCAUCAAGGCCUUGAUACCACCAAACCUUAACGUUGAGAGUGUCAAGAUUCUGCCCCCAGCACCGUCGGCCGCCAGCGAAAGGAAAUCUAUGACAUCCAUUGUCAUUCUCUCGCCAGAUACCGCCGCCACGGACAUUGAUGCUGCUGUUAGCUCACUCCAAAACAGGUAUCUUGGCUUUGGCUUUUACUUGUCUUUGCACCGUCACUUGUCAUCCGCAGUAGCCGCUACAACAGUAUCCUCGUCACUUGUAACUACAGCGUCCUCACACCCAUUCGGCGCCAAGCCUGUGGCUCAGCCAGAGGACCAAAACCGUAACCAACAGACCCAGUUCCAUCGCGGGUUUGCUCCACCAACCUCAUAUGGUCCACCGAGUGGUGGGCCCCUCGCCAGGGCCGGUCUUUUCCAUGUUCCCAUACAGGCACCACGAGACAUCAAGCAACUCCAGUUGAUCCAUAAAGUCAUUGAGUCUGUGCUUGAGCAUGGCCCGGAGUUUGAGGCUCUGCUCAUGUCUCGGCCAGAUGUGCAAAGAGAAGAGAAAUGGGCUUGGCUCUGGGAUGCCAGAAGCGAAGGCGGUGUCUGGUACAGAUGGCGCCUUUGGGAAGUCAUUACUGGCCUACGCAGCAGAGGUGGCAAGCCCGGCAAGUACGUACCUCUGUUCGAAGGCAGUCAUGCCUGGAAAACACCUGAGAAGCCUUUGAUGUUCGAAUAUGCCACAAACAUUAGCGAAUUUGUAUCGGAUUCAGAAUACAAUUCCUCGGAUGAGGAAGAUUACGAGGACGAGGGCAACAAACCUAAUGACAGCGGACCUGGUAAUGAGAACGAGCAUGCCUACCUCAAUCCCCUAGAUAAAGCUAAGUUAGUACAUCUACUUGUCAGGUUGCCCGCUACCUUGGGGCGGAUACGCAAAGGCGACAUAGCGAGGAUCACUACUUUCGCCAUCACACAUGCCAGCCGGGGAGCUGAUGAGAUUGUCGAAUUGAUUGUAUCAAAUAUACAGAAGCCAUUUGGAACGACUGCUGCAAACCCUGAGUCGAAGCAAAGCGUCCAGGCCGCCCAAGAUAUGCCUCCCAGAGGGCAGGACUUUGACCCAUCAACGCCAAUUCCGGAUGAUAAGGAGAAACAAGGCAGCAACGAACAGGUCGACACAAGUCCUGCAAGCCUGGUCGGUUUGUAUGUUGUCAGCGACAUUCUGUCUUCUUCAGCGACGAGUGGUGUCCGGCAUAGUUGGCGGUAUCGACAGUUGUUCGAGUCGGCAUUGCGGGACAGGAAGAUCUUCGAGUAUCUCGGCCAGACAGCCGAACGAAUUGGUUGGGGCAGGCUUCGAGCCGACAAGUGGAAACGCAGUGUUGGACUCAUCCUCAGCCUCUGGGAGGGCUGGUGCGUUUUCCCUGCUGAAAGUCAGGAAUUGUUCGUGAAGAGCUUUGAGAACCCACCCAGUCUUGCCUCUUCAAAUAACUCGGAAUCCCAGCAAGUAGUGGACGCCGCUGAAGCGGAAAAGAAGGCUGGUGGCCGUUGGAAGACAGUGGAGGCUGGCAACGAUGAAGCACAUAAGGGUUUCAAGCCUGUGAGCAUCGAACCAGGAUCCGGCUAUGAUCCAUCAGCAGAAAAAAUGGAUGUGGACGAUGAACUCGACGGGGAGGCCAUGGACGAUGACCUAGGUGACGAUAUGCUGAUGGAUAGCGACAUCGACGGCAAACCAAUGUCCGAGGAUGAAGCAGAAUUAGACGAAGAUCCUAUGGACGAGGAUACACUUACUGUUUCCAACUUAUCAGCACCCACUAGUUUACCACAGCAAGGGGACGAGGCCACCACAAAGCCUGUUGCAGAGGCCCUGGAUAAGGAAGAACGGCCCGUCCGAAGAAGAAUGAGAGCAGUGGAUAUGUUCGCAGAUGAUACAAGCGAUAAGGAGCGAUGA